CUGAUUGAAUUUCUUUAUAUAGAGAUUAUACUUAUUUUAUUAUUGUAAAUAAUUAUUAAUUAAAUGGAAAAAGUUUUAGAACUAGCAAAAAAGUUAGAGAAUACUCAAUACUAGGAAUAGUCUGAAUGGAUAGCAGACUACUUUUAAUAUUUUGGAUAAGAAGAGUAUCUAUAAUAGAAUGAAGAAGCUCAAAAACUUAUAAAAGAGAUUGAAGAAAAGCUUUAAUUUUUAAGUGAAUAAUCUCGAUUUGGAUUUUAAUACUUUUCAUCUUACUUUAAAGGAAACCAAAGCGAUCAAAGCAAUACCAAUAAGGAGAUAAUCGCAAAGAAUAUUAAACAGCUAUGCUAUAUAAUAAUUUAAAAUAAAACAGAAAGUAGCUUGACUUUAAAAUAAAAAUAAAUACUUAUCUAAGAGUAUUUUUCUCUCCAUAUUUAAAUCAAUUAAGUAUCAAUACCUCAUGAACUGAAGUUGCAAAAAAUAAAAGAAACUUAUUGUUUUAAGACGAAGUAAGCUAAUGAAUUUUAUUCAAAGUAUUUACAAGAAUAUAUAUCUAAGCACGGAAAUAGUUAGAAAAUAUUUUGGACGGACUUUAAACCAAUUUUAGAAAAGUUUUUAAAAGACUAAUUCAACUAUAAAAAUAAAAACGAUUGUAACUUUAAUGACCUUACUGCGUACUUAAAGUAAUUUAUAGAUAAGAAGUAAGAUAAUACAAUUGACUUUGAAGAAAUAGAUGAUUUUUUUUUAUAGUACUUAAAUAAAGACAGCUUUUCUGUAGAUGACUUAUACUAAAUUGUUGAAAAUAAAAUUUACAAGCCUAUUAACACAAAUUUAAAACUAUCUCUACUAAAAUAUCCUUCUGUUUAUAGCGGUUUUUACAAGUAAAAUGGUAUUCAAUUUCAAAUAAAACCUUACUAUGAUCGCAUAUCAUUAGGUAGAAAAGCUGAUAAAUAAAAUACCAUUCAAAUAUUCCCAGAGGAUGAUGCAAGUAUGAGCAGAUAAUAAUUUUAAAUCUACAAAAAUGAGAUGCAAAAUUAUUUCAUUGAAAAUUUACACUAAAAUAUAUAAAUGAAGAUUAGGGUAAAUGAUAUAAAACAAAUUGUCAGAAAAGGAUUUACUUAUGUUUUUCCCAAAAAAAAUAAUGUUUUAAUAGAAGAUAUUAUCCCCAGUAAUGAAAAUGUUCAUGAAGGUGUGAAUUAAAUAAAUCCUUAACUUGAUUAAUACUAAAUUGAAUUGAAGGCUAAUAUUAGCUAAAUUGAGUCUGAAAAGGCAGAAGAUCAGGAAGGUGAAAUCCACUUCAAGUAUAAUAAUAUCAGAUACCCUUGUAAAAUCUAAAAGUUUACUAUAGGAAAAAGUCUAUCUGAUGACAUAUAAAUAGAUAGUGCGGAAGAAGACUAGUAAAUUAUUUUUGAGUACAUUAAGAAUUAUGGAUGGGUUGUUUAUGAACCAAAGCCAACAAAAAAAGGAACAUUUGUUAAAUUUAAUUAUAAGGAUGUUACAAAAAACCAAGAAUUGAAAUUGCAAAAAAAUGAUUUAGAUAAUAAUUAAGUUUUAAAUUCUUAACAAGUGAAUCCCAAGUUUUAAAUAUUUAAUGGUAUGUAAUUCUAACUUGCUGAUUAUGAGUGUAGACUUAAUUUUGAAAAUUGA